AUGCAUCCUGGCAUAAGAAGUUCAUAUACAGUAGCAUGGAUUUGCACCCUGGAAGAAGCAUAUAUUUGCGCAUGUCGUAUGCUCGAUAAGGAGUUCACUGGGCCAGAAAUGAUGGAUGACCAUGAUGACAACACGUACAUCUAUGAGCGCAUUGUCAAACAUAACGUGGUAAUCACCUGUCUUCCGACCUGUUGGGAUGGCACCAAUUCAGCUGCCCGCGUUGCCCGAGACAUGGCUCGAACCUUUCCGAACUUGAGAUUCGCGUUAAUGCCAAAAGAUGGAUUUGGCGAUGUGAUACAAUAUGAUCUAGGCAAACAGCAACAGAAUGGUCAGUUCCAAAGGACAGGCAGACUGUACAGUGACAAAACAAGGCCGGAAAGAGUCGCGGAACAUCUUCAGCAAGUUGACCAGCUGUACAUGGCAGACUGCCACCAUGUGGGUGGGGAGAAUUGCAACCAGUGUUACUCCCACUCGGUAGUUGAACGUCCAGAGCGUCAGAACCACUGUGUCAUCUAUGUUCACUAUAGAACUAUUUCCUCUAGGAAUUCUGUCCUGAAGGAUGCCUUUGUGGGGGUUCCAUAUGCAAACGACCCGGAGCUGAACAUCUUAUGCUUUGAAAUGGAAGCUGCUGGUCUCAUGAAUAAUAUUCCAUGCCCGGUCCUCCGGGGAGUCUGUAAUUACUGUGAAUCUCAUAAGAAUGAGAUUUGGCACAACUAUACUUCCCUCACUACUCCAACGUAUGUGCGAGAGUUACUCCUUGUUUUACGGCCGCAACGUGUGGAAGCAAUGCCCUUUUGGGCUGGUCAGGUUGUGCAGGGCCUUCAACAAGGUUAG